AUGACCGAACCGGGCUUUACAGGGAGAGAUUACACUGGCUAUCGUGCUAAGGACGGUGCAGUUGUCGCUUACAAUGCAAAGAUCCCGGCACUCGGGCCACACGACGUUCUCGUCCGCAUUACCCACUCUGGUGUGUGCUCUAGUGACGCCGUAUACUUGAUGCUUGGCGCACCUAUCGCUCUCGGGCACGAAGGUGUAGGGGUUGUGGAGGCCGUUGGCUCUCUCGUCACCGAAUUCGGAGUCGGUGACCGAGCAGGUGGUGGCUUUCAUCGCGACGCCUGUGGCCACUGCAAGUACUGUCUUUCCGGAAAUGAUAUAUACUGCUACGACCGUGUCAUCAUGGGCGAGGGAGAUUUUGAUAACGGCACUUUUGGGCAGUAUUACAUUGGCAAAGAGACAUUCUUGCAUAAAAUUCCGGAUAACAUCUCGAGUGAGCAUGCUGCGCCUCUCCAGUGUGCGGGAGCUACCGUCUAUACGGCGCUCCGGGCAACCAUCAAACCAGAGAUGAGAGUGGGAAUCUUUGGCAUUGGUGGGUUGGGUCAUCUCGCAAUCCAAUAUGCUGCAAAGAUGGGCAGCGAAGUUGUUGUUUAUAGCACGUCUGCGAGCAAAGAGAAGGAAGCUCGUGACUGGGGUGCUGCCGAGUUCCAUCUCGUCUCCGACAUGUUCGAAACAACAAUUGCACCUCUGGAUAUUCUCAUUAUUUCUGGCAGUCAUUAUCCCGACUGGGAAAGAGUCCUGGUCAAAGAAUUCCUGGCUAGGAAUGGGACUAUCGUGCCCUUGAAUGCCCCAACACACGGACCGAUGACUUUAAACCCUUUGGCCAUGUUUUUCCAAGGAUACCACAUUCAUUCCAGCUUAGUUGGGUCCCGACUCAUUCAUGAGGAAAUGCUCCAAUUUUCCGCUAGGCACAACGUGAAACCGCUGGUCAAGGUCUCCAAGCUUGAAGAUGCCAGCUCGAUUCAGAAUGUGUUUGAAGACUUGAGGGCAAACAGGAUUAGAUACCGAGCCGUUUUGGAAGUCUAA